UACCGACUUCCCAAAACACUUGCUGUUGCUGGUUUUCGUGUUGUUUACGAUCCUUUAUUUGUGUUACUUAACAUACAAUUGCAUUUUUGUGGUUUAUCAGUUACUCGUCGCUUUCGCGGAGACCUUCAGAAGUGUAAAAACACCGUACUUUCACUUUACCAGUCUCGUAAUGUCUGUCAUGACAGAAAUAUAAUGAAUUUUCGUUGUUCUCGGCAGAAUAUACGGUCUUUUAUUUUCAGACAUCCAACAGAUGGAGGAAGAGCUUCAUGUAAGCAGCUGUUCUGCAGACAAUGGGUUUACUAUAGUAAACGAGGCUCCGGUAGCGGAUUUACUGGAGUUUCUGCACAUUGACGUGGAGCUCGAGCACGCGCGUGACGACAGAGAAGAGACCGCGCGCUCGAAAAAUGUGAUGCGGAAACAGCGUAACUGGGAGAGAAGACUGGAGGUGAAAAAAAGCAAAAGGAAAGAGGAGAAACUGCGAAAGAAGCUCAACAGACAAGAUAAAGAUGUGAAUGAUGUGCAGCUCAGUAAACGCGUCAUUAAAGCCAGCGCCAAAGAGAGACUGGAGGAGGCGCGAGCAGCAGGACUGCGUCUGUGUGUCGACCUCAGCAUGACUGAACAUCUCACACACAAGGAAAUCAGUCGUCUUGCGGCUCAGAUCAGACGCCUCUAUGGAUCCAAUAAAAAGGCCUUACAGCCGUUCCACAUUUUCCUGACGGAGCUACAAGAGGACAGUCUGCUGUAUAAGGAGUGUGUUCGGAUGAAUGACGGCUUCAUGCAUUAUUUGAUUGAUGUGACGGAGGAAAGCUGGUUUCAUCUGUUCCCCUCUGAAGAUGUGAUCUAUUUAACUCCGGACGCAAGCGAAGCUCUAGAAAGCGUGGAGGAAGAUAAAAUCUACAUCCUCGGAGGUUUAGUGGAUGAAACCAUUCAAAAGAAAAUAAGCUACACGAAGGCCAAAGACCUCGGUGUUCGUACAGCACGGCUGCCUAUUGAUGAGUACAUGGUGAAGAAAGAAAACCCCAAAAACUUCCACUCCAAAAUCCUGGCCAUCAACCAAGUGUUUGAUGUCCUCCUGACGUAUCGGGACACCAGAGAUUGGACUAAAGCUCUUAUGGCAGGAAUCCCUCCUGGAAAAGGAUUUGUUAUAGCAUCGGCAGCGUCUAAACCUCUGGAAGAGACGUAGACAUUCACAGGCUGUCAUUUCACAGCGUUUAUCAGUAUAUAUUAACAGUCAGUGUGUGUGUAUGUGU